AAAAUUCCUGAAGCAAUCCAUUUUCAUUUCCAUUACAUAAAAGUAAAAGAAAAGCAGUACCUAUUUAUAUUUCCACUGUCCUCUUUUUCUUUUCUUUUUCUUUUUUGUUUCAAGGCCAUAAACACUGACCCACCUUCCUCUUCACCUGUUUCGAGUUGUUUUUGUCUUCACUCUUCCUCCCUUCACGUGACCCCUUUCUUUCCCUGUCUUCCUUUGCAACUCCAGGAACCUAGGUAGGUGCCCAGAAGAGACCUCCUAAAUUACACUCUUUAGAUCAUGAAUCAAGAUGCUAUCUUUUUCCCUCUCAUGUCUGGCUGUAUAGUUUCUCUCUAAAACUUUUGCAUCAAUGCCACCAUCAAAGUCCCUUCUUUCUUUCAUUUUCUUUUAUUUGCUCGUUGCUGUUGGGCAUUCUUGUACUUUAACACCAAAUGCAUUUUCCAGAUCUUCAUGUCCUCCAUUCACAUCCACACCGCCUUUUCCUUUCUCUGUAUCACCUGGCUGUGGUCACCCUUCUUUUCAACUGAAAUGCUCUUCUCCUUACUCUAUCAUCUCCAUUAACAACGUUUCUUUUUCUCUUUUAAGCUUUGAACCCAACUCAUCAUCUCUCACCCUGUCUCCCCAACCUCACUCAUUUACAACAACAGCGACAACAACUCACACUCGCACCAAUUGCUCUGCCUUUUCUAUUCCUACCCACUCCAUCGAUCUUUCUGGUUCACCAUUUAAAUUCUCUGAAUCUGACUGCUCUCGUCUCUCUGUAGUUCGAUCUUGCUCAGUUCCAAAUCUCCCAAAUUGUAGCCAUUGUCCAUGGGAAUGCCGACUCAUCAAGAACCCAGUUCAGCUCCUCCAUGGUUGCGUGUCUUAUCGUCUUCGCUCAUCGCAACAGGGUUGCCAAUCUGACAUUUUGGAAUAUGUUAACCAGAUUUUAACAUUUGGUCUCCAUGUCGAGUACGAUGAAUCUCAAGAUUCUUACUUUACAAACUGCAGAGAAUGCAAAUCCAAGAAUGGUAUCUGUGGCUUCAAUUCUUCAGACCCAGAAAAGCAAUUUAUUUGUUUCUUAUCCAAAACUCGCUUCUCACCUAAAUGGAUUCACGAAGAUGAUGCUAACAGAAUCGCGAUUCUGUGUUCGGUUUUCGCAGUAGUUUGUUUAUUAUUUGUGCUUUUAGUAAUUGCAGCUAUUUACAGGUCUAGACGGAUAAGAUCAUUAGCUAAUGAAGAAGAUCCAACAAUUCUCUUCCUUCACCGCCAUCGCUCAGCUAGUCUACUCCCACCCGUAUUCACCUAUGAUGAACUGGAAAUCUCCACUAAUCACUUCGACCCAAAACGCAAAAUCGGCGAUGGUGGGUUUGGGUCGGUGUACUUGGGCCAUCUCUACGACGGUCGAAUAGUAGCUGUAAAAUACCUUCACAAACACCACCAUUCUGCUGCAUUCUCGACCAAAUCAUUCUGCAAUGAAAUCUUGAUAUUAUCAUCUAUUGAUCAUCCAAACCUUGUUAAGCUACAUGGUUACUGCAGUGACCCAAGAGGAUUACUUUUAGUAUAUGAUUAUGUACCUAAUGGUACUCUCUUUGACCAUCUCCAUGGCCUAAAGAACCGUUCCUUAACAUGGCAAGUGAGGCUUGAUAUUGCAUUGCAAACAGCUUUAGCUUUAGAGUACUUGCAUUUCGCUGUACAACCAGCAAUUGUUCAUAGGGAUAUUACAUCUUCGAAUAUUUUUGUAGAGAAAGAUAUGAGAAUUAAAGUUGGCGACUUUGGUCUCUCAAGACUGUUAGUUUUCUCUCCCUCUGAUACGUCGUCCUCCACUUCUUCUUCUUCUUCUGGGUAUGUUUGGACCGGUCCUCAAGGUACGCCCGGUUAUUUAGACCCGGAUUAUCAUCGGUCUUUCCGAUUAACAGAGAAAAGCGAUGUUUAUAGCUUCGGCGUUGUGUUGUUAGAGCUGAUUUCGGGGUUAAAAGCUGUGGAUCAGAGCAGAGACAAGAGAGAAAUGGCUCUGGCUGAUUUGGUAGUAUCGAAGAUUCAAAUGGGUCAGCUGCAUCAAGUGGUGGACCCGCUUUUUAUAAAUGAUGGGCGGGAGGGGGGGAAUGAGGGUAUAGAAGCGGUGGCGGAGCUGGCAUUCCGGUGUGUGGCGGCGGAUAAAGAUGACAGGCCGGAUGCAAAGGAAGUAGUGGAGGAAUUAAAACGGAUUCGGAGCCGCACGCGUGGGUUGCGCGGGUCGAACAAUAGCAAUAAUAAUAUGAAUAAUGGAGCAGGAGGUGACGUGGCGAAGGGAUGAUUGAUUGAUUGAGGGUUACGUGUGCGUGUGGGGAUGGAAGAGGAGAAGCAGAGGUUUAAAUUAAACUGAUGAGUUAGUGUGUUUUUGGUUGACUGAGAGAGGAAGAGAGACAGAUGUCAGAUGUUUUUGUUUGGUUCGGAUACAUACAUACAGAAGCUUUGUUUUGACAAUUAGAAGAAUGUCAAAUUUCAUCUGUCUUCUUCUGCUUGCUACGCUUUAACCAACCCUACAUUGUAUUCUUCUACUUCUCUUUCACAUUGGCUGGCUUCAAUUUUGAUUUUGCAUUGUGAAUUUACAACUCUUCAGUUCUUGUUUACUUUUUUCUUUUUCUUUUGCUAAUGUCACUUCUUACCACUGUUUCA